AUGCGGCUGCCGCUGCUCGUGUCCGCGGGCGUCCUGCUGGUGGCUCUCCUGCCCUGCCCGCCAUGCAGGGCCCUCCUUAGCCGGGGGCCCGUCCCGGGGGCCCGGCAGGCCUCGCAGCACCCCCAGCCCCUGGAUUUCUUCCAGCCUUCGCCGCAGUCUCAGCAGCCGCAGGCUCGGCCCGGCCUGCUCCGCAUGGGGGAGGAGUACUUCCUCCGCCUGGGUAGCCUCAAUAAGAGCCCCGCUGCUCCGCUCUCGGCCGCCUCCUCGCCUCCUGCCGGCAGCAGCGGCAGCCGCCUUUCGCCGGACGAGGUGGCCGCCAACUUUUUCCGCGCGUUGCUGCAGCAGCUGCUGCUGCCCCGGCGCCCGCUCGACAGCCCUGCGAGUCCGGUGGAACGCGGCGCCGAAAACGCCCUCGGCGGCCGCCAGGAGGCACCGGAGAGGGAGAGGCGAGCCGAGGAACCUCCCAUCUCCCUGGAUCUCACCUUCCACCUCCUCCGAGAAGUCUUGGAAAUGGCCAGGGCUGAGCAGUUAGCGCAGCAAGCUCACAGCAACAGGAAACUGAUGGAGAUUAUUGGGAAAUGA